AUGAUUCGCUCUGGGAUUUUGACAGCUCUCCUGGCCACAUCGCUGGCAGCGGCAGAUAAUAUCACUGCCACUGUCAAUCUUGCCGUGACAAAAGGACCUCCCAAGCACUUGGCCUCCGGAUUCAUUUACGGAAUCCCUGACACGGCGGACUUUAUCCCAGACCAUUGGUACACGGAUAUGGGAUUCCGGUAUGGUCGAGCUGGAGGCGCGCAGCUAGAAGCUCCAAAUCGGGGUUGGAUCUGGGGUUUGAAGGAAUACAAAGGUCGUCUUGCUUCGACUCUUUCGAACUAUGAUACCAGUCGCAAGUAUGGCGCGGACUUUAUUAUCUUGCCCCAUGAUAUAUGGGGAACGGACCAUGCCAACUCGUCGACUGUCUGGCCGGGUGACAACGGCGAUUGGACAAAUUAUGAUCUGUUUAUACGCACAUUGAUGGCCGAUCUCAAGGCUAAUAAUGCGCUUGAGGGAGAGGAUGCGGACUUCAACAAGGUCCAAAUCUCGGGACCUACACUGGCUGGCUCGCCUCAAACUGACAACAGCUGGUGGACGAACUGGCUAUCUCAAGUCGCCGGCAACAAAACAAUUCCGGAUCAAUACGCAUAUCACCUGGAAGGAGUAUCCACCGAUUAUUAUGAUGACCUCCAAAACACCAAUGUAACAUUGACAGCCAUGCUUAAAACAUACAAAUUGCCCUCAAGACAAGUUAAUAUCAACGAGUACGCCAACUUCGCAGAGCAGAUUCCCGCUGGCGCAGCAUGGUGGAUCUCACGACUGGAGCGCUACGACACACUUGGACUCCGAGGAAACUGGCAGAGUCUCUGCGUCCUACAUGACCUAUUCGCCAACCUCCUAACAAAAGUCGUCGAUCCAACCGUCUGCACCGAGACGGACUACGUUUCCGCUCCAGAAUACCAGGUUUACAAAUACUACAACCUCAACAUGACCGGUGAACGGGCGAGUACCACUGGCACAGGCGACCGGUUAAUGGACGUAUACGCGACCAUAGAUAAGGACAAAGUCCGCAUUCUCUGCGGUGUCCGAGUUACCGAAGGUACUUGGCAGAUUACGGUUGAUAACAUGAGUGCAGUUGGACUUCCGAAGUCGGGCACGAUUGAUAUUCAGACUUGGGGAUUUGCUGGCACCGAUGUCUGGGAAGAGGUUGAUUCGUAUAGUGAUCGGGGGAUUGUUUCGCAUACUUAUUCGGGGAAUACGUUGACUUUCCCCAUUUAUCAGACUGAUACUAGUACGGCUUGGGCUUUUGAGUUUGCGAGGUAG